GUACACCUGCGCUUCAGGCGAAGGACUCUCCGUCAGAGGAGCGCUGUCCGGGCCGAGGCUGGGCGGACAGACGCAGGAAAACGCCACCUUCAUUCUGACCUGGGAAGCAGCAGCGACACUGGAAGGGCCCGGGGGCUGUGUGAGGGCGCCAGAGCGGCUCUCCCAGGGCCACACCUGUGGGCUGCGUCAGGGACCAGAUGGAGGAGCUGGUGGGGCUGCGUGAGGGCUCCUCAGGCGACCCUGUGACCCUCCAGGAGUUAUGGGGCCCGUGUCCCCGGAUCCGCCGAGGCGUCCGAGGUGGCUUGGAAUGGCUGAAAAAGAAGCUGUUCCGUGUGGGAGAGGACUGGUACUUCCUGAUGACCCUUGGGGUGCUCAUGGCCCUCAUCAGCUACACCAUGAGCUUCACCGUGGGGCGUGUGGCCCGAGCACACAAGUGGCUGUACCGGGAGAUCGGCGAGGGCCACCUGCUCCGGUAUCUCUCCUGGGCCGUGUACCCCAUCGCCUUGGUCUCCUUCUCCUCCGGCUUCUCCCAGAGCAUCACGCCCUCCUCAGGAGGUUCUGGAAUCCCCGAGCUGAAGACCAUCCUGUCUGGUGUGGUCCUGGAGGACUACCUGGAUAUCAAGAACUUCGGGGCCAAGGUGGUGGGCCUCACCUGCACCCUGGCCGGCGGCAGCACCAUCUUCCUGGGCAAAGUGGGCCCCUUCGUACACCUGUCCGUGAUGAUGGCCGCCUACCUGGGCCGCCUGCGCAUCAUGACCACUGGCGAGCCUGAGAACAAGAGCAAGCAAAACGAAAUGCUGGUGGCGGGGGCGGCAGUGGGCGUGGCCACAGUCUUCGCAGCCCCCUUCAGUGGCGUGCUGUUCAGCAUCGAGGUCAUGUCUUCCCACUUCUCCGUCUGGGAUUACUGGAGAGGCUUCUUCGCCUCCACCUGCGGGGCCUUCAUGUUCCGGCUCCUGGCCGUCUUCAACAGCGAGCAGGAGACCAUCACCUCCCUCUUCAAGACCAGCUUCCGGGUGGACAUCCCCUUCGACGUGCCGGAGAUCUUUUUUUUCGUGGCGCUGGGGGCCAUCUGUGGCGUCCUGAGCUGUGCGUACCUCUUCUGCCAGCGAACCUUUCUGGGCUUUGUCAAGACCAACCCAGUCACCUCCAAGCUGCUGGCCACCAGCAAGCCCCUGUACUCCGCCCUGGCCGCCCUCAUCCUCGCCUCCAUCACCUACCCGCCGGGUGUGGGCCGCUUCAUGGCUUCUCGGCUGUCCAUGAGGGAGCACCUGGACACGCUGUUCGACAACAACUCGUGGGCGCUGAUGACCCGGAACUCGUCCCCGCCCUGGCCUGCGGAGCCCGACCCCCAGAACCUGUGGUUCGAAUGGUACCACCCACGGUUCACCAUCUUUGGGACCCUCGCCUUCUUCCUGGUGAUGAAGUUCUGGAUGCUGAUUCUGGCCACCACGAUCCCCAUUCCCGCUGGCUACUUUAUGCCUAUAUUCAUCUUCGGAGCCGCUACUGGGCGCCUCAUAGGGGAGGCCCUGUCUCUUGCCUUCCCUGAGGGCAUCGUGGCCGGAGGGGUCACCAACCCCAUCGUGCCAGGGGGCUAUGCCCUGGCAGGGGCUGCGGCCUUCUCGGGGGCCGUGACCCACACCAUCUCCACGGCGCUGCUGGCCUUCGAGAUGACCGGCCAGAUCGUGCACGCGUUACCCGUGCUGAUGGCGGUGCUGGCGGCCAACGCCAUCGCCCAGAGCUUCCAGCCCUCCUUCUACGACGGCACCAUCAUCGUCAAGAAGCUGCCAUAUCUUCCGUGGAUCCGGUGCCGAAAAAUCAGCUCUCACGGCGUCAUUGUGGAGCACUUCAUGAACCGUGGCAUCACCACGCUGGCCAAGGACACCCCGCUGGAGGAGGUGGUCAAGGUCGUGACCUCCACAGACUUGGCUGAGUACCCCCUGGUGGAAAGCACAGAGUCUCAGGUCCUGCUGGGCACCAUGCGAAGGGCCGCCUUGGUGCAGGCUCUCCAGGCUGAGCCACUUUCCUGGGCUCCAGGACACCAACAGUGUCUCCAGGACAUCUUGGCCGCCGGCUGCCCCGUGGAGCCCGUCACCCUGCUGCUGUCCCCGGAGACCUCCCUGCACCAGGCACACAACCUCUUCGAGCUGCUGAACCUUCAGUUCCUCUUCGUGACAUCCUGUGGCAGAGCUGUGGGCACUGUGUCUUGGGUGGAGCUGAAGAAAGCGAUUUCUAAUGUGACAAACCCACCAGCCCCAAAGUGAGCCAGCCUGCCAAGGUGAACGUGGCACCUCAGCUGCCCUGGUGAAGGAGAUUGGACAGACGGCCUGCCUCCCCUCCCCCAUGACGCCCCGCCCCACCCCUCCUGCCCGGCUCCUCACUCCUCAGUGAAGCAGGCAGCUGUAACCCAGCACUGAGAAGGACCCCCUAUUCACCAAGUCACAAGUACCACGUGCCUUGAAGGACAAACCCCACCGUGGACAGAGCUCAGCAUGCAAGACAGCAGAAAAAACCAAUGCGCAGUGGGCACCCAAUGCGUGAUUGUCAGAUUCCCCGGGGAAGAGAUUGGUGCAUGCUGUCACCAAGGGCAGGCACAGACCCCCUCCAAGGCUGCCUCCCAACCACGGGCUGCUGAGAAGAAUAAAGCCAUUCCCCAGA